GUUCGUUUGAACAUCGAUGCUGUGCACGUAAAUUAUUUCGGAUAGGUCCUCCAUUCGAUGUUCCGCGCGCGAUUCUACGCUUUACGACGUGCCGGGUUUCAAGCCCGUCGGUGAUAGUCUGUUCCGGCUACGGCACGCCGCUAUCGUCGUUACAGAGGUUACGGUCCGCCAAGAUUUUUCCUCGAAAUCCGUUUGAGCUUGCUAGCAAAGUGUACAGAAGAGGGCUGGCUACAGGAACGCGUAAUGCUUGCAUUAUACCGAGUAAUACGCGAAUGAAGAUUCAAGAAUGGGGAAGCGCUGCCUCUGUCCGCCUCUGUACAGCCGUUAUUGCCGUUGUUAUUGUUGGCCCGAGGUGCAAUGCCUUCGUCAUUCUUCCCGAUGCAUUUCCUACUUCUGCACUUUGCCUCGGUACCGUUCCACGCUACCACCUGUUCUGGAUGCUGUACUUCUUUUAUUCAUUGUUAGCAUACUAGAUAUGUAUAGCGGCAUUCGACAGCAACUAGGACCGGACAACGGCAGCGCAGUGAUUAGCACCUUUGGUUACGAACGUUUAGGACCCCCAGGUGUUCAAAUCCCGGCACCCGUAGUCCGAUUUUUCUUUCCACGACGUGCUUUACAAAAUGCAGAAGAAACAAAAGGAACCAAUUCAAUCCGUGCAAGUCUUCGGACGCAGAAAAAAAAGCGACGUCUACACCAGUAGCGCAGCACUAUCAUCAUGGCAUAUUCACCAUCAUAUGCAUAGAUUAGUGUACACGUUUUUUUAAUGUUAGAAGAAAAUCUUUAGCGUAUCAUUGAAACGAGAAAUUACGCAUACCAAUAACGUUUCUGUCAUAUUUUCGUCAAAUUUAAGAAGUUUUUUGAUAGUAGAAAAAUACGAUUUGGUUGAAAGUGAACCAAAGCUCUCAUCAGAAUCUGUGACUCCGUCGGUGGUUCUGAAAUCUGCGGAACGAUAUUUCUGAGGAAUCAAAUUACAAUCCCAUUCAUGAUAUAAAGUUGGAAUGUAUAUUGAUUUGUAAAGUAGUCUUAUAAUCGAUAUUCUUUAAUCUUCGUAGAUCAGAGAUUCCUAUAUUUUUACAAAAUAUGCAAUUUCUAUGCACGCUGCUGUCUUUUUUG